AUGCAUCUCAACCCCACCAAGGAGAGCGGGAACGCUUCACGGUCGUGUAUUGACAUGGACGGUUUCGACUAUUGGGUCGCAGCGGAGACGUAUGCCCCCCGACGUUUUCAAACCCCAACGGGUCCCGAGGCUUACACCGCCUCCCCCGGAACAUUCAAAUGCACGCGCAUCAAGAACGCCAGCAUCAACAUCACCAUAUUCAUCAACCACCACCAACAACUCAACGCCACUACUACAACAACUCGCGCAGUAGGCUUUCGCUCAAAAGAGACCUCCUCAGCCAGGAUUUGGUUCGUUAGCCUACUUCUGCUCCAGAACCCAAACCACAUUCCGCACGUCGAUGUGCACAAGACUUUCCAGCUAUCCCUUUCCAGCCUCCUCGACGACGAAGCCCAUGUACCGUGGCCCGUCCCGCCCGUCCAUAUCCCCGGGUUUGGCACUUUGGUACCAGUACCAAGCUCCAGUUACUCCUCAACCAUCACUUCUACCAGUCCCGAGGUGCAGUCACACUACGCACAGCACAUUCUUAUCCUUGCCACCGUCAAUCUUUGCGCCGCAAAUCCGAAGCUGCAAUCUCUUCUGUAG